UUUUCCUAGCAAGCUUGGCUAGCCCUAGACCUGGCUCCUCCACCAAAUUUUUAAAUAUUCCCAAUUUCGCCCCUUCGCCAAACUUUUAAAUAUUCCGGUAUUAACAUCAUUAUCAUUAUUAUAUAUAAUAAAACUAAGUUGAUAAAAUGUGUGUGCCGAUAAAACUUAAAAAGGAUUCCCGAUACGAUAAAGGGACUUUAUCGUAGCCCUUUAUCCCCCCUCGAACAAGUAAGUUCCCGUUUUAACUUAAAGGGCGUAUUUUUAAAGAUAUAAGGGCUUUUCCAAUUCCUCAACUUGAAAAUUAAGUGAAGUAGUGGCGCCAUCUGUUGUCGAGUAGUUGAACUCCAUUCAGAACAACGAUUAUUUGAGUUGCGUUUCGAAUGGCGCUACGGGCAAUUACAGCAUGUGUAGCAAUGACGCGAAAUUUGAAAUUCCAAUUUCAACAAAGUCUUAAAUUACAUUUGUUUCUAUAAUAAAGUUAUUAAAUUUUGUGUAUUUAUACAGCAUUAAGUAGCUUUUAUUUUGGAGUUGAAGCGAGAUAAGUUUAGUUAUUCAAAUUAUUAAUUAUUAAUUCUGAAAAUAUUUAAAAAUUUAAGUUUUCAAAUUUCGCGCCUUUACUACUUAUGCUAUAGCUGCAGAACUUAUUGUUACGGCGGACGAUAAUGUCGAGUACAUUCUAGAAUGUGUAAAAGAAAAUACUCUCGAACUUUUCCGAAUAUGCUAGAGCCUAGCUCUCUGAAUAUAUAAGGGCCCGGUAUCACCCGCCAGAGUUAGUUCGAUUUGAAAAGCGAUUGCGAAAGGAACUGAAAGAAGUUAUCUGUGAGCAUUUAUUUUGAAGUAUCACGUGUCAGUAUUUUUAAUAGUGUGUUUAAUUAAUUCUCGAUUUUGAAGCCGAGAAGAAAAAAGUCGUCUGUGAGCCUUUAUUGUGAAAUAUCAAAUAAUACAAUGCCUAGACGUAAAAAAGGAGGAGAUCUUGCCAGUUCUGCAGCGAAACGGCGGAAACAAAAAGAACAUAGAAGAAAUGAAACGGAAGAAGAGCGCGAAGCACGUUUACAAAAUCAACGAACUAGGAUGAGAACUCUGAGAAGCACAAAAAAUGAAGAAAGAAAAGAGAACGAAAGUAUAGAAGAAUCGAGAAUUUUAAAAGAUAAUUUAACAAAGGAAGCAUUCCACUACGAACCGACGAAAAAAUAUUACAAUCAUAAACAUGUUGUGAUCGGAAAAAUGGAUAACAUUUGCCAAUUUUGCCACGCGAAAAAAUUCAGUAAAGAAACAGCAGGUCUCUGUUGCAUGAAUGGAAAAAUUCGACUACCACCACUGGAAGCACCUCCACAGGAAUUUCUACAUUACAUGACCGGGGAAACACAAGAAUCAAAACACUUUCUUCAAAAUAUAAGAUCAUAUAACUCCUGCUUUCAAAUGACUUCUUUCGGUGUUACUUCGACCAACACUAAUAGAAAUAAAUUUGAAUAUGUAUUUUCAAUUCAGGGGCAAAUUUAUCACAAAAUAGAUCAAAAGAUGAAACAACAGCACAUUUUGCUAAAAUACUUUUACAAAUAGGUGAAGACACAUAUC